AUGAGGACACAACUCCUUUUCUUUUUGAUACAUUGGUCUGAUUCGUAUAAGUCUCUCUUUUUUUUUUCACUCUGUUAUAAAGUCUCUUUUUUUUUCACUCUGUUAAGUAUCAGUCUCUCUUUUUUUCACUCUUCUCUCUUUUUUUUUCUCUGCUCUAUUUUUUUUCACUCUGUUCGUAUAAGUCUCUCUUUUUUUUCACUCUGCUCGUAUAAGUCUCUCUUUUUUUUUCACUCUGUUCGUAUAAGUCUCUCUUUUUUUUCACUCUGUUCGUAUAAGUCUCUCUUUUUUUUCACUCUGCUCUCUCUUUUUUUCUCUUUUUUUUUUUUCUCUGACAUAGUCUCUCUUUUUUUUCACUCUGCUCGUAUAAGUCUCUUUUUUUUUUUCACUCUGUUCACAUACCUUCACAGUUUUCCUUACUCUCUCUUUCAGAGAUUACCUCUCUUUCUAUCGACACUUCUACCCAAGUGCUCUGUAUCCUUCUGCAUGCAAUCCCUUCUCUCUCUAAGGGAAUAUAAUUACUCAUAUUCUCUCUCUAGUCUCACCAAACGCUUGAUUUGUCUCAGUCUUUCUCCAUCUCCCCAAACAGACACACACUCUCUUCAUCAUUGUCUCACACACAUACAUUGA